AUUGAAUUCGCCAACAACCGACAUUGGUCGGUUGCAUCGAGAGAUAAGACAGCAUUCGUAGCAAACCGUCGUAUCAACUGAUAACCACCCGGUCUUUCAUUUUUUGCGCCCCAAUCUAGAGGUGGCAUCCCUCAAAUACGCGACACUAACGCUUAACAAUUCGUUUGUUUCUCAGUACGAAUAUGUGUGAAACAUGUAAAGAAUUUUAACAUGAGGUUACUUCAUCCGGAUUUGAUUGCGUUGAGAAUAAUAAGGAUGACCCCCAAGUGACCGCUCGUGCUGGAAGCAAGUUCACAGAUUAGAAGCGGUCGCUCUCUGCUAUCUCUGCUCUGGUGCGCUGCGGCGUUAUGAAUGUGAAUUUCAUUAGUUUGUAACAGUAGUAAGCUACAAUCAUUUGCCAUUGUCAGCAAUUGUUCAGUACGGUUUUGACCGUUGUUAAACACGUAAGGACAAAUACGAUGCCCGACGGAAAGAAGAAUCUGGAGCCAGCGUUUCUGCAGCUCAGCGAACUGGCUUCCGAAGGUAGCGGAGGUCGAAUCUGUUUCGCCACGGACGAUUGGUUUGCCCCGGCCGAAUGGAUGCUGAAGGACUCGGAACCGGUGUUCAUCCCGGACAAGUACACCACCUACGGCAAAUGGAUGGACGGUUGGGAGACACGUCGCAAGCGCAUUGCCGGCCAUGACUGGUGUAUUGUGCGAUUGGCCGCGCCGACUGCAAUCCAAGGCAUCCUGGUAGAUACGGCGCACUUUACCGGAAACUACGCUCCGCAGUUUUCGGUUCAAGGGGCUCGACUGGAUCAAGCCGAGGAGGAAAUGAUUCCGGAACGUGGACCGGAGAUGAUCGGGACAGCUUGUAGGGAGCAGGACUUGAAACUGAUGUCGGCUUUGAAAAGCGAACAGUGGAAAGAGAUCAUCCGGAUGACUCCACUGCAGCCGGGUUACGAAGAAACCAGAAAGCAAUACUUUUCCGUUGAAAAAAGUAACGAAGUGUUCACUCACCUAAGGGUCAAUAUGUACCCUGACGGAGGAAUUGCUAGGCUCAGAGUAUUCGGAGAAGUUCAGCCUGAUUUGAACGCUCUCAAGAAGACUCAGAUCGACCUGAUCGGCGUUCUAAAUGGCGGUCAAUGUCUCAGCUAUUCGAACGCUCACUAUGGCCACCCUCGGAACUUGAUCAAACCAAACCGCGGAGUUAACAUGGGCGAUGGCUGGGAAACAGCUCGGCGACUGGACCGUCCAGCAAUCCUCAAGACGGACGAAAACGGUAUUCUGCAAGUUCCCGGCUGUGAAUGGGCCGUGUUCAAGCUCUGUGCAAAAGGAACAGUGGAAAGCGUCGUGGUCGAUACUAACCAUUUCAAGGGAAAUUUCCCAGACAAUGUGAAGAUUGAAGCCGCUCUGCUGGAUGAUAAGGAGACUCUGCAGUCGGCUCAGUGGAAACUUUUGUUAAACAACACAAAGUUGUCGGCCCAUAAAGAGCAUUUGCUCAAAGAAGAAAUGCUCCAGUAUAAGGGACCGUGUACUUAUGUGAGAAUUACGAUGGCACCGGAUGGGGGAAUCUCGCGGGUUAGGCUACUGGGAAAAGUACUGUGAGAUGCGUAAAUAAAUAACUGGUUGCA